GCAUCGCCGCUCCUGUCGUGACCCCCCCAGCCCUGGCGUCGCGGGGGGCUCCCGUAGCAUCGCCGUUCGUACCGUGACCUCCCCGGCCCUGGCAGCUCGCCUCAAGAUAGGCCGAGGUGCCGCGGGGAGCGAAAGCCGUGACCCGUUUUCUGCGUUUUUCCGAAUAAUGCUCAGGAGAAAAUACGCCUUGUCUUGCCGAUCGGCCGCCCCUCUGGUGGGCUGGGGAGCAGGUCUUUACCGCGGAGAUUCGGGCAGGUCAGGGAUUUUUUUCAUGGAUAUAAGGCAGCUGGAGUGCUCGCAGCAGCCUCAUCCGGGAAAAGCCCUCGAGCAUCGCUGUUCCUUUGAUGGCUGGAGCUGCGGCACCGCACCCGGGUCUGCAGAGAGCCUCAAGUGCCAUCUCUUUGAAGAGACCUUGUUCCCUUACAUCAAAGACAACGUGAAGGAGUAUCUGCGUGCUCACUGGGAGGAGGAGGAGUGCCAGCGGGAUGUCGGACUUCUGAGGAAACAGGCUCAGGAGGACUCCAGCCUGGACGGGGCCGUGCCGAUCCCUUUGGAGAGCGGCAGCGGGGAGGAGGAGCUGGAGCGCGUCAUCCAGGCGGUUGUAGACAACGUGCACUGGCAGAUGUCCCUGGACAGGAAGACCACGGCACUGAAGCAGCUGCAGGGCCACAUGUGGAGGGCAGCCUAUGCCACCGGGCACGUCAAAGGAGAAAUCUUCGAGGACGUUGUUCCAGCCAUCCGGAAGUGGCGGGAAGCAGGGAUGAAGGUCUAUAUCUACUCUUCAGGCAGCGUCGAAGCCCAGAAGCUUCUGUUUGGAUACUCUACAGAAGGUGAUAUCCUAGAGCUCUUUGAUGGCCACUUUGAUACCAAAAUAGGCCCCAAGGUAGAAAGUGAGAGCUACAGGAGGAUUGCUGCCAGUAUUGGGUGCGCCACCAAUAACAUCCUCUUCCUGACAGAUGUCCCUCGAGAAGCCAAUGCAGCUGAGGAGGCGGACACUCACGUGGCUGUGGUGAUCAGACCAGGCAACGCAGGACUGACAGACGAUGAGAAAUCCUAUUACAGCCUCAUCUCAUCUUUCACUGAACUUUUCUUGCCUUCCUCCACUUAGGGAAAGCGGUGCACGCACAAAAGACUGUGCUUCACCUAAUUGUCCUUGUGAAAUGUUAGGUAAUUUUGUCCAUAAUCAGAAUUUCAAACCAAAUCCACAUUAUGUCUUGGGCCUCAUGCAGGCAGGUAUGGAUGGAGAGUGUGGUGUGGGGUCCCUUGUGUAGUAGGACAGAGGCCUGCUGCCAGCUGGAGCUGGGAACAGGGCAGAGAGCAGCAUCCAUGAGCCCUGCUGUUCCUUCCCUUUCCUGGCUAGCAGUUAGCUAAGGGAAUGCUUCCUUCAGACUCAUCCUCUGAAAUCUGAUGCUGAGAGGCCCAACUGUGAGCUCUGUCAUUUUUAGAAGCAGUCUGCAAACAAGGUUUAUGUCCCCUUGUCCCAGAGGGAGUGCUGGGGACCAAGGAGGGAUAUGUGAGCUUCUACCUGCAGAUAGGAUUUCUGGCUAAGUCAAAAAUAUUCACAGUUAGGAUUCUCAAAGGAAAAUGCCAGUUGUGGGCUAUAAUACAGUAGGUUUGGGCUGCCACAGAAAGAGCCAGGCACUUUAGACAAGGACCAAUGUGUACCUUGGCUGUGUCUGCAGCAGCUCUAGGUACCAAACAGUACAACUUGCAUAUGGAAGCUGCUUAGAGCUCCACAGCCAGCCUAACACAGAAUGAACUAGAGUAUAUAUAAAUACAGCUUUAAAAAUUAAAAUGUGGACACACUUCACUGCUGCAUCACGGUGCUGGGCUGUGGGAUACAACUUGACAGCAUUUCUGAAGUAUCUCAGCACUGACCCAUGGAGCUCCUCCUCCAGCCAACAUCACCCAGUCACAUGUUCAUAGCACUGGUUAGCUGUGAGCAAACCUUGACAAACUGCUCCUGAUGGCAGACAUCCUGCUGCAUCUGAUGAGAAUUAACCCCCUGACCUUUCCACCUUACCUAAAUUAUGCUAAUGUAGUAAAUAAAACCACAACUUUGCUUUCAUUGUAUUCACUCCA